CGUUGACGGCUUUCUUAAAUAUCGGUAAAUAAUCUGUACAUCUCUUUACUAACAAAGGACACCAGUCCACGGGGGAAUCCCUUGUCAGACCGGCUUCUAUCAACAUGGAAAAUAGGAAAGUUAUUCCUAUCAUCGCUGUACAUGCAGGUGCAGGAUUUCAUUCCAAAGAAAAAGAAGGAUUGUACAAACAAGUAUGUUCACAAGCUUGUAGAAAGGCAAUGGAGCUGCUAAGAAAUGGGGCCACUGCGGAAGAUUCGGUUGCUAUGGCAAUACAGAUUUUAGAGGACUCCCCUCUGACCAAUGCUGGCGUGGGUUCAAACCUAACCCUGACAGGCACAGUGGAGUGUGAUGCAAGCCUAAUGGAGGGAAGCUCUCUUACAUUUGGUGCUGUUGGAGCUAUUUCAGGAGUUCGUAAUCCAAUCUUGGUUGCUAAGAAGCUUGUUGCAUGCCAGAGGGAAGGCAAUUUAUCACUCGGUAGGAUUCCACCAUGUUUUCUGGUUGGCGAAGGCGCACAAUCCUGGGCACAAACACAAGGGAUCCCUGUUACUUCAAAAUCGGACCUUACGACAGAGAGUACACUUCAAACGUAUAACAACCACAAAAGACGUGUAGAAGCAGCUGACUUCAGGCGAAGCAUGAAACGGACUAAAUAUAUGACGAAGGGAAAUAAUCACAUUCCAGAAAACGCGCUGUCAGCAUCAGGAGACGGUCCAAAGGGUCAGACAGACUUCUUUGAUGUUUUAGAAAGUUUUCAGGGGAACACACGCGAACGUGACGUAAACGAUAAACAAAAUUUAAGCAAUGUGAAUGAUAAUAAAGACGAAGACACACGCAAGUUCUGUACAAAUCAGGAUCAAUGUCCAAAUAUACAAUCAUCUGGCACCGGAGCUUGUAUGAAGAAGCUGUCCGAUCAAUCUGUACAGGACACGGUCGGGGCUGUGUGCGUUGAUUGUAAUGGCAACAUGGCAUCUGGCGUAUCAAGUGGUGGAAUUUCUCUUAAACAGCCCGGGAGGAUUGGAUCAGCGACCAUGUUUGGUGCAGGAUGCUGGGCGAGUAACCCGACAGGACCGUCUGAUGUGGGCGUGGCUGUAGCAACGACAGGUACGGGGGAACACCUGAUGAGGACGCUGUUGGCCAAAGAAUGUGCUGAGGUAUUACAGACCGCCGAAUGGCCAGAACAGGGGCUAACAGACCUUAUGAAAAACAAAUUCUUAGGCUCCAGGAUGCUGGAAUGCUAUUCAGAGAAAUAUGGAGGAUUCUUGGCGCUCUCUGUUCAACGUCAAUCAACAGACUUACAUUGGAGUCAUUCAACUAAGAGCAUGUGUGUAUGCGUAAUGAAACAAGGUCACGCAGCGAAGAGUUUAAUAACCAGACUUGGAUCAAACGAAAUUGACGGAAAGACAUUUGUCUUGCAUGGACACAAAUUGUAACAACUGCAUGUUUUUUUACAGAAAUAAAAGCAUCCUUUUAAA